CAUUGUCUAUGUACUGUAUACGUUAACUAAAUGAUGAGAAGCGAGGCAUAGUGACUUGAUGAUACUCACUAGAGCGUCUCUGCGGCUCAGACAAGUUGAAGCUCAACCACAGGAAUAUUUUACCAACGCUUUCUGUCCAUCAGAACUGACUUUUUUCUGUUGUUAUAAUUCUAACAGAGGAAGAGUUGAUUUCUACGCUCGACAUGACGGAUCACCGAUGAACAAACGGACAUUCUCCACUGAAGGCAGUGAUGGAGAAUGAGACGUGGCAGCACCCUUCAAACAUCCCCCAUUAUCUCCUCCAUGGCGACCCUUUCGCCUCCAGACUCUCCAGAGAGGGAGACAUCGUUGCAGCGUUUUACAUCUGUAUCAUAGGGAUCUUAUCUGCAACAGGAAAUGGCUAUGUAAUUUACAUGACUGCCAAACGCAAGACCAAGCUGAAGCCUCCUGAGCUCAUGAUUGUUCAUCUAGCCAUCUUCGACUUUGGCAUUUCAGUGACUGGAAAGCCCUUUUUCAUUAUAUCUAGUUUCUCCCAUCGCUGGUUGUUCGGCUGGGAGGGUUGUCGUUUCUACGGCUGGGCAGGCUUCUUCUUUGGUUGCGGGAGCCUCAUCACGAUGACCGUGGUCAGUCUGGACCGGUACCUUAAGAUCUGCCAUCUCCUAUACGGCACAUGGUUAAAACGCCAUCACGCCUUCCUGUGCCUGGCCUUUGUGUGGGUGUAUGCAGCUUUCUGGGCCACCAUGCCCCUGGUCGGCUGGGGAAACUAUGCCCCGGAGCCCUUCGGGACGUCCUGCACACUGGACUGGUCGCUGGCACAGGCCUCUGUGGCUGGCCAGAGCUUUGUCAUGGCCAUCCUGUUCUUCUGCCUCGUCCUUCCCACAGGCAUCAUUGUCUUCUCUUAUGUCAUGAUCAUCUUCAAGGUCAAGUCCUCCGCAAAGGAGAUUUCAAACUUUGAUGCCCGCAUCAGAAACAGCCACAACCUUGAGAUGAAACUCACAAAGGUGGCAAUGCUGAUCUGUGCAGGCUUCUUGAUAGCCUGGAUCCCUUACGCUGUGGUGUCGGUGGUGUCGGCGUUCGGUGAGCCGGACUCGGUGCCCAUCCCUGUGUCUGUCAUUCCCACUUUGCUGGCCAAGUCCUCAGCCAUGUACAAUCCCAUCAUCUACCAGGUCGUGGACCUGAAAAAUCCCUGUGCAAAAUGUUUUAAAUUCCUGAAGAAGCGCAGGCAUUUUAGAAAGUCAAGGUUCUACACCAUCUCUGGCUCAUUAAAGGACACUAGCCCAGCCAAAGAAGCUCACAUCGAGAUGUGAGAGAGACACUUUAGACUCUGACCUCUUCUACUUUGGACAGUUUGCCUUGCUCCCUGCCUCUGUACCCUACACCUGCCCAAUCACAUGCUGCCUGUCACCUGCUAUAUAUCAUCAACAGCUCACCUUUGAAGCUGGUGGUUAGCAAGUCUCACUGCUUGUCUUUACACCCACACUGGAUCUCUGUGUGCUUCCCACAGCUCCCCAGCUCCCCUCCUGGAAUUGCACCUUUCCAACAAGGUUCUGCUUGAUCUUGGGAGUUGCGUGUCUUGACAGACAAGUGACGUAUUGUGUGAGCUUCUUGACUUUGUUUUUCAGUAUUCCAGAAACGCCAUCUGUAACUGCAACACUGCUGACUGACAUACGACUGAGUUUUUCAAGUCACAUCUAGAGCUAUAAUAUUUUGUGAAUCCAAAUUUUUCAGUGUAAAUUUGCUACAAAAAUGUAAAUAUAGUUUCAGCAAUAUUUUUUCACCAGAACUGCAAAUUAAAGCUGAAUCAACCUGA